AUGCCUCGAAAAUUACGUGAAAGCAUGCCAAAAAAUGAUUGUGAACAUUGUGGUAACGCGUCACACGUUUCAACAAAUUGUCCUUUAAUACUAAUUAGUGAUGACGAAGACCACGAGGAAAAUCAGCAAGAAAAACAACAAGUAGAAAUUUUAGAUUCUUUUAAUAGUAAUAAUGGGAUAAAUAUUAUAGAUGAUAAUGAUUUUAAAACACCAACAAGUAAAAGAAUUAUCAAUUAUAUUCCUGCUCAACUUCAUUAUAACAACUUUGAUGAUAUGAGUAGUGUUGUGGAUAAUUUGGAUAGUGAAGUUGCUGAAUCAAGUAAUGCAGCAACUGCAGUAAAUAACAAUAUUGAUAAAGGUAAAGCGGUUGAAUUCAUUGAUCUUGUUACGCCUGGUAGUAGUGAUAAUGGUAAUCAUGAAAUUGAUGAAGUCGUUGAUCUUGUUUCACCAACUGUUGCUACUAAUCGUGGUAAAAAACGCGAAAAUGAAGGUGAAGAAGAAAAAGAAAGUUCAUUUACCAAAAAGAUUAAAAGGGCAUUUGAGAUUUCACGAGCUGCUAUUCCUACUACCUUCGUAUCAGCUUCAUCUCUUUUAUCUCAAGUCCCACAAACGUUUCAAACAGAGGCUAUACCAUUCGCUAUUGAUUUGAAUCAAUUAAGAAGACAAAUGGAACAAUUUCACAGUCAAUUUAUUGGUGAUAAUGUUGAUCAACUAGAAGACGAUGACAAUUCUAUUCAAAUAUUAUAUGGAAAUAUUAAAUCGAAAGUUGUUGGAAUUAGAUAUUAUAAUGGAACAGUUAAUAGAAAUGAAGCUGUCUCGAUUAUUAGAGAGCCGGAUAAUAUAGCUGAUUCAAAUGCAUUAAGAGUUGAUAAUAUUCUUGGAAAUCAAGUUGGUCAUAUUCCAAGAGAUAUCGCACGUAUUUUAGCACCAAUGAUUGAUUUAAAUGAAAUAAGAAUUGAAGGUACUAUUAGUGGUAGGAGUGGAACACAUCAUAUUCCAUUACUUAUUAAUGUUUUUGGUUCGCCGGAAAAUGAGGAUGAGAUCAAAAGGAAAUUGAGAUCAAAAGUUUCUCUUGACCCACCAACUCUGACCGCAACAGGUAGUAGAGGAAAAGGUUCUAGAUCCAAAGAUAGAUUAAAAGGAAAUGAUGCAUGGCAAGAAUUAAUUUCAAAGGGAACCCAAAUUGAUUCUACGGAUAAGCAAAUACUAAUGAAAAGACUUGGAAUUGAAGAAACAGAUUUAGCAAAAUUAGCUGAAGCCACGCAACCAACAUCACUAAUCACAAAUUUAUUAAAGUAUCAACGACAAGGAUUGGGCUGGAUGUUGGCUCAUGAGCAUCCAGAUGAGCCUACUAUUGAAAAAGCAACGCAAUUUUGGAUGAUAAAGAAUGAACGUGGAACAUCUCAAUAUUAUAAUAUAGCCACCAAUUUUUCUACUACCACUAAACCCCUAUUUGCUAGAGGUGGUAUUCUUGCUGAUGUGCUCUCAAUCUAUGUUUUUCAUGGUAAUAAUCGUAACGACAAUCCAUACUUUUUAGCAAGUCAUGAUGUUGUAAUUACAACAUAUAAUAUGUUAUCCGUAUCAGGUAAUAAUCAUAAAAAAGGAUUAUUUGCAGUGAAAUGGAGAAGAAUAGUGUUGGAUGAGGGACAUAUUAUCCGAUCCAAAAAAACCAAACAAAGUGAAGCUGCUUUUGCUUUGGAGGGUGAGAGAAGAUGGAUUUUGACUGUAAAAUUUUUAAGAAUCAAUCCAUUUGAUGACUUAAACUGGUGGAAUAGGAUAUUUGUUAGACCUAUUAAAAAUGGUGACCCGGUUGGAGUUGAACAACUCAAAGUAUUAAUGAGAACAAUCUGUCUAAGACGUACAAAAGAUAUGAAGUUUGAUGGUAGACCUAUACUUGAGCUACCACCAAUUACUUCUUAUUUACAUAAAAUUCAAUUUACUCCAGAGGAAAAAAAAAAAUACGAGUUCAUGGAAAAUGAUGCUCAAUCUCAAUUUAAGAAAUGGCGAAGCACUGGUGAAGUUAUGAGUCAUUAUUCAAUAAUUUUAGAAGUAUUGACAAGGCUAAGACAAAUAUGUGAUCAUCAUAAAUUGUGUGAACAUCGAUUAAAUUCACUGAUUGAAAGAAAUCAAAAGGAAAUUGCUGAUGCACUGAAUAAUGAAGACUUACAAGACUUGUAUCGUAUACUCCAAACUACGAUUGAUGAUAACGAAGAUUGCUGUAUUUGUUUGGAAACGCUUAGUACACCAAUUAUUACACCUUGUAGGCAUGUAUUUGACAGAGAUUGUAUUGAAAAGGCACUAGUUAAAAGCGAGUCAUGUCCUUUGUGUCGUAAUAAUGUUUCUAAAAAUCAAUUGAUUGAUCCUCCUCCAGUACCAAUUGAAUCUUCGGAACAAACUAAUGAUGAUAUUGAUGAAUACGAGGAUGAGAAUGAUUCUUCAAAAAGUAAAAGCGAUUAUAUUCCAAGUUCAAAGAUUGAAGCUUUAAUGGAUUUUUUGAAAGAUCGAGUUUAUAGAUUGGGACAAACAAGACCAGUCUCAAUAUUUAGAUUUGUAAUCCAGGAUACAAUUGAAGAACGAGUGAUGAAAUUGCAAGAAAGGAAAAGAAAAUUGGUGUCCAAUGCAUUUGGGGAAAAGAUUAGAGAGGAUGCAAGUAGAGUCAGGGAAGGUAAUUAA